AUGUUAUCCAGAACCACUCGCUCCUCCGCGAGACUUGCCACAGACCCGCCUCCCGUCGUUGACGCCGGCUCCCCUUCACACCCGGCCGCUGGUUCGGCUGCUUCCCGGAAACGAAAAGCCUCAUCACGCCGGGAUCGACAAUCGGACGCCCCGAAUCAGCCGACCGCCUCAUCUCCUCCCCGGAGAUCGAAAAGACAGCGCACCUCCGCGCCUCACGCCGCUCCGCCCGCUGGCCCAACCGCUUCCCUCACCGCUCCUCGACGAGCUGCUCGGGGUCAUAACGCCAUGUCACAACCGGGACCGUCUUCUCGACCCUCGGAGGAAUCGAAGUCAACGACAUCUCCGCCGCCUUCGAGACGGCGAUCUAGCCGGAAUGAUCGACUUGCAGCAACGCAAUCACCCCCUCCUCGUCGCCAGAAGAAGCGUACCACGAAGACAAAUGCCGAUGUAUUCAUGCGAGAUGCGGAGGAGGAGCUAGAAGAUGAAGAUGUCAAGGCAGAAGAAGAGGGGUCCCCUACAGGUGAUAGCAACGAUGAUACCAACCCGUCAGCCUUUGACGAGGAAGACUUGGACCCGUUCCAUAGCAGUCUUUUUGGAGGCCGAGGCCCCAUGGCACUCCAAAGUACACUCCGUGCACUCAGUGGUAUGAUGUCGGGCAUGUCCUCGCGACUCCGCGAUAUUCUCAGUAAUCUUCGAGCAAAGGAUGACCCUUCGCUCCAGUUGAUUGCUCUCCAAGAGCUAUCAGACCUUCUGCUUGUCUCGAAUGAGGACAAUCUCUCUGGCCAAUUCUCUCCUGACCCGUAUGUCAAGGAAUUGGUCGCCUUGAUGCAGCCGAACCAAUUUGGUGAAGAGAACCCGGAAAUAAUGCUGCUCGCAUGUCGCUCCUUGGCUAAUUUGAUGGAGGCCCUUCGUGGCUCCGUGGCCAACGUUGUGUACGGCGGUGCGGUUCCAAUUUUGUGCCAAAAGCUUUUGGAUAUUCAGUUCAUUGAUCUUGCGGAACAAGCCCUAAGCACCUUGGCAAAAAUCUCCGUGGACUUCCCAGCUUCCAUCGUACGCGAAGGUGGCUUGACAGCAUGCUUAACGUACCUCGAUUUCUUCCCCACGAGUACGCAACGCACAGCUGUAACAACCGCUGCCAAUUGUUGCCGCAAUCUGCCCCAUGAUUCGUUCCCAGUCGUGCGGGACGUCAUGCCCACUCUUCUCAAUGUCCUUUCCAGUAAUGACCCUAAGGUAGUGGAGCAAGGGUGUCUUUGCGUCUCUCGUAUUGUGGAGAGCUUCAAGUAUCGCCCUGAGAAUCUGGAGGCGCUCAUUGAGCCCGCCAUGCUCAGGGCCGUUCUUCGUCUGCUCUUGCCGGGCACAACCAAUCUCAUCGGACCACACAUCCACACCCAGUUCCUUCGAGUGCUGGCGAUAGUAUCCAAGGCCAGUCCUCGACUGUCGAUUGAGUUGCUCAAGAUGGAUGUUGUGGACACCCUCUACCACAUUUUGACUGGCAUCUCGCCGCCGGAGGACACAGAUAGCACGGCUGUGAAGAUGGACAGCGUCUUGGUCAUGCAGGCUUUGAUUCACCGGCCCCGUGAGCAGGUUUUCGAGACUCUCAAUGUCAUCUGCGAGCUUCUUCCUGGGGUGCCAAGCCGUGAGGCCUCCCGAACGGACAGUAUGCUGAGCUCAUAUUUUGAUAACAGCAUGUCAAUUGGCUUGAAGGCUUCGUCCAAGUCCAAGGAGGGUACUGAAGAAAGACAUGCCUUGCUGGAAAAUUGUCGUCCUGAACUCAAGCGUUUCGCAAUGAUCUUGUUCCCAACUUUGACGGAUGCAUAUUCGAGCACGGUCAACCUGAGCGUUCGCCAAAAGGUCUUGAUUGCUCAACUGAAGAUGUUGCACAUACUCGAGCCGACUCUGAUUGAGGCUGCCCUGCAAACAGUUCCUUAUGCAUCCUUCCUUGCUGCCAUUCUUUCGCAGAAGGAUCACCCUUCGCUUGUAUCCCUCGCGUUGAGAUGCUCUGAACUGCUAUUUCAGCGUCUUGAGAAUGUGUACCAACAGCAGUUUCACCGCGAAGGCAAUGCUUCUACUGAGAAUGCUCGUGAUGAAGCCAGAAACGAAACACAAAAAGAAGACAAGGGCGCCGAAGACGAGGAUGAGGAUGGCGAUGACUAUGACGGUCAAGACGACGAAGUUGAUGAAGAGAAUGAAGACGACUCGGAUUCGGAUAAUUCCCUCCUUGACGGUCGGCUGCUUUUUCUCAAGAUCUACGAAGCAGGCCAAGGUGCCGCUGUGCGUACCGAAGCUAUUCGGAUCUUGGAAGAGCUUAAAUCCCUUGCUGGUAGAAUUCGGGAUUGUUACUCUACCCCUUCUGCCGGUGACGGUCUUUCGCUUUUCAAGGACCUGGUGUCCUAUUUUGACGGAGACGCGCUCAAGAGCAUCACUAGCUCAGAAUUGCUCAACUCCGGCAUUAUCCAGGUGCUUUUAGACGUGUUAGGCGAUCUCAACUCUCCGAAUAUUCGUCAAGCCCGUGCUGCCUUCCUCCAAGCCUUCAUGGGUACAACAAUCUCAGAAAAGGCACAAAGCCAGAGCACUGCUACCACCCCCCUUCAGCUUCUCACCGUUAGUCACAAUUCGUUGGAGAACACCCGCACCAACGCCUCGUAUAUGCUUGGGAAGCAACUCCGACUGAAGCUAGUCGCUGAAGAAGGAACUGAGGUUCCUCGAGCUUACCGAAACAUCAUGGUCUCAAUCCAUGCCAUUGCCACAUUCAAGGCGCUUGAUGACUUCCUCCAGCCGCGAAUCGCCAUGUCUGAGCGCCCUCGUCAGGCUCGCGAUAGGGAUACAAUUCUUUCGCAAAUAGCGAACGCGGCUCGUCUGCGCGAUCAGCUAACCUCGGGUGGCCCACCCCGCCCCCCUGCUGGAUUCCAUGGUCGUUUGACUGGCGCCGGCGGCAAUGGAAAUGACUCUCCCGAUGACGAGCAGCCCUCGCACCACACCCGAUCUAAUCCCUUGUUAGACCAUGAAGAUGCGCAUGACGACGAGCCCCUAGAAUGCGCUGACGAAAGACAACUCAGCGACGAAGAAGGUGAAGAUGUCGAUGAAGAUGAGGAUGAGGAACUGAACGCUAUUGUGGAUGAUCUCGAUGAUGACCUCGACGAUGAGCCUGUUCAUGACCCUACCGCUGUGAAUUUGGAAGUUGGUUCCUCAGGCAAAGUCACGGCGCGCAAGGAAGACGGCACCCGCGUCGGCACGCCAUCUCAAUCCACGCCAGCAUCCAAGCCCUCCUCGUCCGCCCCAAGCACCACAUCCAAUCCAGCCCACAGUUCUCUCGCCACUGCGGGACGCCCCUUCUCUUCGUAUGCCGCUGCGAUGGCUUCGAUACCUCAGGACUGGCAUAUUGAGUUCCACGUGGAUGGCAAGCCAGUCCCUGCUGACACUACAGUCUACCGUGCAGUGUAUCACAACCGUGAGCACAUAGACGAGGUCAGCGCUAAGAAUGUCUGGUCUGCCGUCCAUACAGUCACGUUUAAGCGUGUCCCUGGUCCCCCGCCUCCAGAGCCAUCAACUCUUAUCAAUGCUGGAGAAGAUGUUUCUUCCAAGGAAGUCAGUAUGGAAAUGCCCAGCAGCCUCAACAAGGAUUCCACGACAGCUUCCAUUCUCCGUUUGCUUCGCGUCAUGCAUGAAAUGAACGCAACGAUCGAUGAUAUCUUGACUGAUGCUCGUGAUACUGCCAACAUUACUCCCGAGCCUUUGGCUCAAUUUAUCAACACAAAGCUCACCGCCAAGGUGAAUCGUCAACUUGAAGAGCCAUUGAUCGUGGCAAGUAUGUGUCUGCCUACCUGGAGCGAAGAUCUGGCUCGCUUGUUCUCCUUCCUCUUCCCCUUUGAGACAAGACACCUGUUUCUGCAGUCGACCGCAUUUGGCUAUUCUCGCGCCAUGAUGAGAUGGCACAACUCGCAGAGCACAGAGGACAGCCGCCGUGAUAUGCGCCGGGAUGACCGGCCGUUCCUAAGCCGACUCCAGAGACAGAAAGUGCGCAUCUCGCGUGCUCGCAUCCUGGAUUCUGCCAUGAAAGUCAUGGAGCUUUAUGGGUCUUCUCCGAGUGUCCUGGAAGUUGAAUAUUUCGAGGAAGUUGGAACGGGUCUGGGGCCUACCCUUGAAUUCUAUUCGACUGUCUCACGCGAAUUCUCGAAGAAGAAACUCAAGAUCUGGAGGGAGACGGAUGGCACAUCCUCAGUCGCAGAAUAUGCAUUUGGCAAGCGCGGCCUGUUCCCAGCCCCCAUGAGUGAGGAGCAAGCAUCUUCAGAGGCUGGCAAGAAGCAGCUGAAUCUUUUCAAAAUCCUUGGAAAGUUUGUGGCUCGCUCCAUGCUCGACUCAAGAAUCAUUGAUAUCUCAUUUAAUCCAGCCUUCUUCCGCAUCGCCGAUACGUUGUCUUCCGUGGCUCCCUCCUUGGGCACUGUGAAAGCAGUGGACGAAGACCUCGCGAAGUCUCUUGUCAUGCUCAAGCGAUUCGUCAAGGCCAAGCAAAGCAUUGAGGAAGACAAGACCAUCUCGGCCCACGAAAAGUCGCGCGCGAUUCAGAACAUCAUCGUGGACGGCGCUCGCGUAGAAGACCUAAGCCUGGACUUCACGUUGCCUGGAUACCCAGCGAUCGAACUGAUUCCUGAUGGGGCCAAUGUUCCACUCACUAUUGACAACGUUGAUCAAUAUAUCGAGCGAGUCAUCGAGACGACUCUAGGCAGCGGCGUUCGCCGUCAAGUCGAUGCUUUCAGAACCGGUUUCUCACAGGUCUUCCCUUACUCUGCCCUUCGCGCCUUCACACCCAAUGAACUAGUUAUGCUCUUCGGACAGGCCGAGGAAGACUGGUCUAUCGAGACUCUCACCGACUCGAUCAAGGCCGAUCAUGGAUUCAACAUGGACAGCAAGAGCGUCCGAAACUUGCUCCAAACCAUGAGUGAGCUAGACAACCAGCAAAGACGAGACUUCCUUCAGUUCGUCACAGGUAGCCCGAAACUUCCAAUAGGUGGCUUCAAAAGCCUCACUCCGAUCUUCACAGUUGUGUGCCGCCCCAGCGAACCUCCCUACACACCGGACGACUAUCUCCCUAGUGUCAUGACUUGCGUGAACUACCUCAAGCUGCCCGACUAUAGCAGCCUCGAAUUCCUGAAGGAAAGACUCUCAGUCGCCAUCAAGGAAGGACAAGGGGCCUUCCACCUGUCAUAG